AUGAGGUUUAGGGGCAAGGCUGCAGCCUCAUGGCGCAGUAUUCUUCUGUCGUCCCUCUUGUGGACGGCAGCCAUCGCGAAAUCGGACACCCCUAAGAUGAGCGUCACCAGCUUUGAGAAUCCUCCCAGAGGUCUUAGGUACUUCCGCGGUUCCGACGAUAUUCUAUUCCACGACCCCGUCGAACGAGUUGUCUACCGUUCCGAUGACGCAGGCACAACCUGGCACAAAGUUGAGGGCGUACCCGCCGGUGCGGCCGCGGCUCUCGUGAUGCACACCUAUGACCCGACCCGCGCGUACAUUCUCGGCCGCGAAGAUAAGCACUAUCGCACAAGCGAUAACGGCAAGACGUGGACCAAGUUCGCCAGUGGCGCUGAUUCGAGCCUCUCCGAGGCGGGUUAUAUGUCCGAUGACGUGCUUGGCUUCCAUGCUGGCGAUCCGGAUAGGAUACUCUUUAACGGUGUUCGAUGCAAGUUGUUCAUCUGCUCCUAUGUGACGACGUAUACGACCGAUGGCUUUCAAUCCGCGCCCAAAGAUCUCCGACACCAUGCCACCGGCUGCUGGUGGGCCAAGUCUACCCCCGAAUUCACCACUGGCGAGGACGAGCUUGAUGCGAAUAGGGUUCUGUGUAUUGUCGAAGACGGGUUCACUCGACGGAAGGAAGACCAACGCCUCGUUAUCUCGGACACUUUCUUCCGGGAGGCAAACGGACAGCCCGAAGAAAAUGAGCCUACUAUCGGGACCACCAAGGGCAUCCUUGGUGCCGUGAAUCUCGCUGGUGUGAAGAAAUUCAUACUCGUGGCCACGACUUCGGCCCGGACUGACGAGAUGGCCCUGUACGUUUCGACAGAUACGAAGAAGUGGCAUAAGGCUAUGUUCCCCGAAAGCCACGGACACACGAUUAACCAGGGAUCCUACACGGUUUUGGAGAGCACGAAUUACAGUGUCCAGAUCGACGUAAUGAGCUCCCGCCCGUCGCAACCCAUGGGCGUUCUUUUCACCAGCAAUUCCGACGGCACGUACUUUACCGAGAACGUCGAAUAUACCAAUCGAAAUGAUAUGGGUCUUGUCGACUUCGAAAAGAUUUCGGGUAUUCAAGGUGUCUUCCUCGUCAACACUGUCAGCAAUGGGGAAAAGCUGGAAAAACACGGCGAUGCUGAAAGAGAGGUUGUGACCGAAAUUACCUUUGACGAUGGGCGUACGUUUGAUAAGGUCAUGGCGGGAGAUAAACGAAUUCAUCUUCAUUCCGUCACGCACAUGAUAAACAUGGGUCGCGUCUACUCCAGUCCGGCUCCCGGCCUCGUAAUGGGGAAUGGGAAUACUGGCAGUCAUCUCGAGAGCUUGGAGAAGGCCGAUCUUUAUGUGUCGGAUAACGGCGGCGUCACUUGGAAGAAGGCCCUUGAGGGCCCGCACAAGUACGAUUUCGGCGACCAGGGUUCCAUCCUCGUUGCUGUAAAACACUCGUUGGAAGAACCAGUGUCUGAGUUCAGCUACUCGCUUAACCACGGUGACAAGUGGGAGCAGGUUUCCUUCCCUGACGGUAUGAAGCUCAUUCCCUCGUGGUUCACCACCAGCCAGGACUCCUCGACCCUCAAAUUUAUUCUGCUUGGAAAGGAGGCUGGCCGCGAGGGCAAGUUCCAGAUUGUUAGCAUUGAUUUUGAGGGCCUCCGGGAGCGCACCUGUGGUGAAGAUGACUUGGAAGACUGGCAUGCGCGCGCCGACAGUGAUGGCAAGCCUACGUGUAUCAUGGGCCACAAACAAACUUUCCGCCGCCGCAAGAAGGAUGCCGAUUGCUUCAUCAGGAAGGAAUUCAAAGAGGCGAUCGCUAAGACGGAACCUUGCGAAUGUGCGGAUCUAGAUUUCGAGUGCGACUUCAACUUUGUCAGGGAUGAUGAUAAGAAAUGCGUUCCCGACGGUCCGUUGAUAGAUUCGAGCGGCGCCUGUAAAGACAAGAAGCCGGAAGACACAUUUAAGGGGUCGUCUGGUUGGCGAAAAAUCCCAGGCAAUACCUGCGAGCGAGGAAAGGGCGAUCAAAAGGAUGACCUUGUGGAGAGGAAGUGUUCCGACGUUGUGGGAGGCCCGUCGUCCGGGGAGAAUGAUGGCAAAAUUGUUGGGGAUCACUUCACCUUCAAGACCAAGUUUAAGGAUUUCCAAAAGUUUUAUCUCGAGCGUGGCGACUCCAGCUCACGAGGUGAUGAGUCGCUCAUUGUCCGACCCGUUCUCUACGAAGGCAGCCACAUGAGUUAUGACAACAAGCUUUGGCGCACAUCUAACCAUGGCAAGAAGUGGGAGAGGAUUCUUGAAGACGAGGACAUCGACGGCAUAUACCCUCAUCCGACUUUCAAUGACGUGUUAUUCUUCACCACGGCCUCGGAGAAGGUCAUCUACACCGUUGAUAGAGGCAUUCAUUUCCACUCGUUCAAGGCACGUCGGAAGCCAGCCACAGAUGUGUAUCCCUUUUCUUUCCAUCCGGAUAAGAAAGACUGGAUUAUCAUGUUGAGCAAGAAUUGCGAUGACUCGAGCGAGAGCUGCUAUCGCGAGGCGCACCUUUCGGUGGAUAGAGGAGAUAACUGGAAGACGAUCUUGCGCCACGUGGUAAAAUGCGAGUUUACGGGAGGCGAUGCGUAUAAGACGCGGCACCAGAAGCAGAUUGUGUGCGUCGCUCGAGGCCAAGACGAUGAGGACGCCAAGGAGACGAAGCUUUUCGUCAGUGACGAUUUCUUCGAUGAGGACAUCACCAACCCCAAGCUGAUUGGCGUUGGGGCAGAGGGAGAGGCGUCAGCCCGCAACUUUGCGACGAUGGCGGAGUUCAUCAUUGUGGCGGCGGCACACGAGGGCAUGGAAGGACUUGUCGCAUUUGCCAGCGUGGACGGCAAGACGUAUGCGCAGGCCAAGUUCCCCGCGAACCUCAAGGCAGACCAUAGCGUCGAGUAUACCGUCUUGGAUAGCUCGACGCACGCCGUCAACAUGUUUGUUCCUACCGAGAUGCGCGAAGGUCGACGGUAUGGCAACAUUCUCAAGAGCAACUCCAAUGGCACGACGUACGUUCUCAGCGCAUCGGGAGUCAACUGCGAUGACUACUACUACGUCGACUAUGAAAAGAUUCCUGGCCUCGAGGGUGUGUCGAUUGUCAACACGGUGGCCAAUCGCGAUAAGCCUGACGAACCAAAGAAGCUGCAGACCAAAGUCACUCAUAACGAUGGAUCCGAAUGGUAUUAUUUGGCGCCUCCGGCUAAGGACGUCGAUGGCAAGUCAUUCUCGUGCCACAGCGCUAAUGGAGAUCCUUCCUGCGCGCUCCAUCUCCACGGUUUCACAGAGAGAAUGGACAAGAAGAAGAGUUAUUCGGUGGCCACAGCUGUCGGUCUCAUGUUCGGCGUGGGUAAUGUCGGCUCUCACCUCGGGUCCAUUAAGGAUGCCGACACCUUCAUGACGACCGAUGGCGGUAUUACUUGGAAGCAGGUCCAAAAGGGUGUCUGGACGUGGCAGUACGGCGACCAAGGAUCCAUCACGGUGCUCGCUAAGCUGUGGCGAGCAGACCAACAGGUCAAUACCAACCACGUAAUGUAUUCAACAGAUGAGGGCGAGACGUGGAAGAAGCAUGAGUUCUCGGAGGAGGAGGUUGCCAUCCACGACAUCACGUCGCCGCGAUCGGGUAGUUCACGGAACUUUAUCCUUUGGUCUAGCAAGGGUGAUGGUCCGGUGUCCGCCAUUAACCUUGACUUUUCCGGUCUCUCAUCGAGACCCUGCGAAGAGUCCGACUAUUAUGCGUGGACGCCUCGCGACCCUUCUGGCGGCGAUGGAUGCCUCUUUGGACACAAGUCCAAGUACUUGCGCAAGGUCAAGGGCAAGGAGUGCUACAAUGACGGCAGGGUUCGUCAUGAACUUAUGGUAGAGAACUGCCAGUGUACUCGUCGCGACUUUGAGUGUGCCUACAACUAUCAGCUGGACAACAAUGGCCAGUGCUCUUUGGUUGAGGGCCUAUCCCCACUCAACGCUGAGGAAUGGUGCAAGCAACACCCCGACGAGGCCGAGUACUACGAGCCUACGGGCUAUCGCCGUAUUCCCCUGACAACCUGCAAAGGCGGCCGCGAGCUCGACAAGGCACUCAACAGCUGGCCGUGCAAGGGCCACGAAGAGGAAUAUGAACGGCGCCAUCGCGUCUCGGGCGUGGCUAUCUUCUUCGCCGUCACGGUCCCGUUCGUGCUCGCCGCAGCCGCGGGCUGGUGGGUCUGGCGCAAUUGGAAGAGCCAAUUCGGGCAGAUUCGGUUGGGCGAGUCCAGCGCGUUCGACGGCGAGGCUCCGUGGGUCAAGUAUCCCGUCAUUGCGGUCUCGGCGAUCGUGGCGCUGGUGGCAGCCAUGCCGCUGGUGGCAACGAGUCUCUGGCGAGCGGCCACGUCGACUUACCAGCGCGUCAGCGGCGGCGGCAGGCGGGGAUCGAGUAGAAGCUGGUUCUACGGCGGCACUAGGAGGUUUACGACGAGGGACAGCUUCGCUCGGGGGAUGGGCGAUUACGCCGAUGUGGAUGAUGUGGAAGGGGAGCUUCUUGGGGACGAGAGCGACGAGGAAAUAUAG